AUGGAUUUUGAACAUGGUUAUGAGGGAACUUCCAUCAGAACUCUGAUAAAACUGUUCGAGAUCGAUCAAAAAGAAGUAAUCGUCUUUGACAACAGUGAGUUUUAUGGCACUACGAGCUCACCAUCAGACCUAGCAACAUCGAAAUAUGUAAAAAACAUUAAAAUUAAUAAAAUGAGUGAGCCCAAGUGCCUGGUAGAGACAACACCGCAAUUAUUUCGUACGAAUGGUUGUCUAAUAUCCAGGCUUGAGGAGCUUGAUCUGUUGCUGAACAUAGAUUUUGUUGAAAUUUACGACCAUCUGUACAUUGAUGAAGACCUGACAGUGUAUAAAGUACCGUACUUUGAUUAUGAAAUAGUAAAAUCAAAGUGGUUAUCGGCACAAGAAAAGAAUGCUUACUUCUAUUUUGUACACAGUUGUUUAAAAUAUGAGGAGUUUAGAGCGGCCAUGAGUGACGAAUCGUUACGUAUCUUUAAUAAUUCCCUGAGCAUCCAAACAUACGAGAACUGUGUUCCGAAUUACUUAUCAUCGUUUGGUAAUCCCCCGUUUUCCUAUCCAAUAUACGGUUUAAGAGAAAUAUCCGACCAGUUGUCCCGAAUGCUGUCCUUUAGGAACGUUUCAUUUUACGUAAACAAGGAUGUAAAGUGCACACAGAUGAGCAACCACUACGAAAUCAGCGGUAUUCAUGGCAGUGCAACGUUUAAAAAGCGCAAGAAUGGAACAAACAUUGGUGCCGUACAUAAAUUAUUUUACUUUCGGGUUUUGCUAUUGAAACAGCCGUUUAUACUUCCCCUUUUUUUCGGUGUUAUAACGAUAAAUAAGAAGGUGGUGAAUGUAAUAGCUGUUGAUUGUAGUGUGAAGGUGUGCCCGCCAGACACCUUCCUGGUGUAUUUUUACUCUGAUCAUGAACUUCCGGCUCAGUUACUGCCACACUUGAAAAUAGAAGAUGAGAAUGUACUUAAUGAUGCGUGUUUCAACAACAGAGACGAGUUUAGCUGGUCCUUUUCAUGA